UUUAAAUCCAAAAACGAAUAGAUACCAACAUAAUUAUGUUUCUAGAAUAAAAUUUAGUAAACUUAUUUUUGAUUUCUUAUAGCAUUUUACCAACGAUUUUGUGUUUCAAUAAUCAUAAAUCUUAUUUAUUGUCAUCAUCAACGUUAUAAUGUACCUAUUAUAUGGAAAUAAUUGAAGUAAUUUAGUGUAUUUCUGUUAAAACAAAAUGUCACCAACCGACUACAUUCUAUUAUUACAUAGGAACAUUGUUUUCUUAUCCUAAAUAUCAAACGAAUGUUGCCUUUUGCCAUGUACAUUUAAAAAUAUUUGUCUGACAAUGUCAAAACAAAACACUAUGUAAUACAUCUAAAUAUCGUAUAACAAAGAUAAGAUUUCUAAAUACAGUUUCUAAAUAUUAAGUUUUUUAAAAUGUUAAAUCAACAAUGUGCAGUUUUAACUGCUAUUGACUCAUAUAUCGAGCCACUUAUAAAUCGUGUUUUAUCAACUGAUAAAUUUGGAGUUUGCUGUGAAACAAUUAAGAUAGAUUCUAUGUCAUCCAGUUGUGGGAGUGUACAAGGAGAUCGUUUUAAAUUAUCUAUACCCUAUGCUAGACAAAACUUAACUUGGAAUAUAUUCUUUGAUUCACAAUGUCCAGAAAUGGGACCUGAUUUCAUAUUUAAUGAUAAUACUUUCUUAGCAGAUAUGGAUGUAGAUGCAUUAUCUGCCAAAGUACCUAGUCUUGCUAAAUGGAAUCCUAAUGAUGAAAAUGCAUUAUUAAAUGUCCUUAAAGAACUUUUAGCAUGUUAUAAGCAACAUCAGAUUCAAUUACUUCAGAAGCAAACUCGGUUACAAUUGCAAUAUAAUAUGCUAAUCAGUUCAGCAGAAGUAGAAGAUGUUGAAGUAAUAUUGUUACCAUUUAGUUCUAAACCAACAGAAGCUAGAUUUCUAAUAAGUUUAUCAGUAGAUCUUUCUCAACUACAAAAUCGCACUAGCAAAUCAGAAAGUGACAUUGUAAUGCUUCUUGUAACAUAUUGUGGAAUAGAAUGGAAUCGUAUUACUCCACAACUUCAUUUUUCAAAAUCUUUAGAAGAAACUCUCGGCGGAACAGGAGAAUUACGUCUACCACAAUUUCUAUCUGAUACAUCUCUAGUACAGUAUAUAUUAAAAAUAAAAAAAUAUGUUGCAGGAAAGGUAAAUUCAGCAAUCCAAAGCUUAGAAAAAAGAAGAGAUUAUAUAGCAGCAUUUUUAUGUAUCAAUCAUUUGUGUAUUCUAGAAUAUGAUACUAUAAACUGUAAAUAUGUAUCAUGUAUAUUAUGUGAAGAUGACUUUUAUGUAGUAAUGCAUGUUCAGCUUCCAUUAGGAUUUCCUCGAGAAGCACCUAUAGUUGAAUUUAAGUCAGUAUAUCAUAUGUCUUCAGAGCAUGUUCCUUACAGUGAAAAAAUUAAACAUUAUCCCUAUGAUUUUAAAUGGCCACCACACCAUAUGAUAAAAGAAUUAUGUAAGGCCAUGUACCAGCAAAUUAAGAUAUUUAAAUUAAAUUCUAUUAAAAAUUGUUCAGAAAAUCAUAAAUCUCAUAUGUCACUAUGGUGAAAUACUUAAAUCAAACGGAAAGCAUCAAUGUGGACAAAGAUUUAUUUGAAAAAUAUAAAUUUAGUGUCGAUCAGUUAAUGGAACUUGCUGGCCAAAGUUGUGCUAUUGCUAUUGCCCGUACUUAUCCAUCACUUAAAAACUCUACACAAAAGAUUUUAAUUUGUUGUGGUCCAGGAAACAAUGGUGGUGAUGGGCUUGUCUGUGCUAGACAUUUAAAACAAUUUGGAUAUUUACCUGAAAUUUAUUAUCCUAAAAAGACAAACAAUACAUUAUAUGAAAAUUUGCUACAUCAGUGCAUUGAAAAUGAUAUUUCUUUAUUAGAAGAUAAUAUAGAAUACAUAGCUUCGAAGCAAUUGCAUCAAUUUGGUCUUAUAGUAGAUGCAAUAUUUGGAUUUAGUUUUAAACCACCUGUAAGAGAUACAUUUAUUCCUAUUAUUCGUCUGUUGCAAAAUACAACUAUUCCAAUUUGUAGCAUAGAUAUACCAUCAGGUUGGAAUGUUGAAGAAGGACCACCCACAGAAGGUGGGAUAAAACCAGAGAUGCUUAUAUCAUUAACAGCACCAAAAUUAUGUGCUAAGAAAUUUAAAGGAAAAUACCAUUACUUAGGUGGCCGAUUUGUCCCUAAAAAAUUGGAUGAAGCAUAUAAUCUCAAUCUACCUGAAUAUCCAGAAACUGACUUAAUUCUUUUAUUAAAUUAAAUCUGUGUAAAAUUUAAUUAUUUGUCUUUUUUGUAUACGGAUAUAUUUCAAUAUAUUAAUAUGCACAAUGUGUACAAUAAUAGAAAAUAAAAUAUUUAUAAAUGUUUUCAACAAUUAAAUUGUUC